AUGGCUGCUAAAAUGGAGGACAAGUCUAAGUUACUGGAGGAAAAGUUAAGAGAAAACUGCUGCAUUGGAGACGAGGCAAAAGUGAAAACACUCUUAGAGAAGGGAGUUGAUGUAAACGCAGCUAAUAGAAUGAACGGGUGGACGCCAUUGCAUUGGGCAGCKAAAAGRGGACAUAAGAACGUUGUUGAACUACUUUUGAAGGAAGGUGCUGUGACAACUAAUAAAACUAARAAAGGCGAGACUCCUGCUUCACUAGCGAGCAAGCAAGAAAUCAAGGACUUGAUUGGCGUUUCUGACGGUGAAGCUGUUGAAACUAUUAGUGAAARUCUUCCAAUUAUUCCCAAUUAUAUAAAAAACCCGCCAUUCAUCUACCUUAAUGGGGACKAUGAGAAGGAGUCCSAAGUUAGUGAAACUCUUCCAUUUGAGCUGGGAAGAAAUCUUAGAAAAGAAMCUGAUAYUGCCAUAACAAGUCCUUCUAAGCGUAAUGGUGAAUGUUUAACGUCUCCUCCACGAAAGACGAUUGCGUUAGAUGUUGACAACAAUCUACCUGGCAAUCUAUAUCRAUCUCCAACUAAUGCUUCUGUCCAAAACGUGUAUACAGAGCUCGUCUUGAAAGUCAGAGAAGCAGAUUCACAAGAGCAGGAUUUUAUUGAGAUUGAGGUUGAUURUGACCAUYUGACSUUUGAUAAUCUUUUGGACAUUUGCUGUAAAGAACUGGAGAUUGACCGCAGUAGAGUUAGGAAAGUCAGGAAAUURCCUAAUACCAUAAUCAGAAAAGACAAAGAUGUUGGUCGUUUGCAGCAUUUUCAAGAAAUUGAAAUUGUUUUAUAUUCUGAUUAGAAGGCAUCAACAAAGUAUUAUUUGAUAUCUGUAUGUAUUUGAUGUUUAGACUGUUGCUCCUGUAGAGCCAAGGAUGUCAGGUCAUAAAUGUCUUUUGAUUUCAGGCAUUGCAAUCCUGUUAUGUCCUUUCUGAUUGAAGGRCAUGAGCUUUCAGUUUGUGAUAUGUAGUUUUGGUACUCAUGGAACCCCUAAUGACCACCAGUACAGUGGGCAAUCAUUUUCCAUGGUUAGGGUCAUUGUUGAUAUUUUGCCUGCUGGUCAUAGUGGCUAAACUUGCAUCAGCACAUAAACUACAUGUUACUUAUCUUACUAUGUUACUAUUUGCAUUSCAAAAAUUAUAAUUUGAAAGAAAAGAAGCAUUUUAUAAUCCAGAGAAGGGAAGAUAAAGGCUCUGUUUCUUUGGAAAURAGACUGCUUUCUCUUGUCUUGUUUUCUCUAUGACAAUAAAGUAACCACUGUUUUUA